AUCUUUAUCCUAUCUCAGGUUAUCAUUAUAUCAGAUGCCCAUAUAAAAUGAACCAUACUUUAAUAAGUAAACUGCAAGACGUCUUCGCCGAGGUUGACCAAAGUGCAGACCACCUUAUAAGCUGGACAGAACUGCAACAAUGUUGCACAAAGCUAAAUAUCGACUUACAACACGAUGAUGAAAAUGUCUUCCAUUCAUGUGAAGAGUAUCCUGGUAAAGGACUUAGUUUGCAAGGUUUUUGCAAGUUUGUAAAACUACGUUUAGGAAAAAUAUUUCAAGAAGUUGAUGUUGACAAGAGCGGAUUUAUCGAUCACAAUGAAAUAUCGCAAGCAUUGCAAAAACUAGACAUUCAUUUACCAUCAAGACAGAUUGACAGCAUAUUAAAGGCUAUGGACCAUAACGACGAUCACAAAAUAGACUUUGACGAGUUUUGUGAUUUUUUCUCGGACAUUCCGUCGCCGAAUCUUCAGUUGAUCGCGAAGAAGUGGAGUUCAGGAACAGGCUUGGAUUUCGGUUCGGAUAUCGUUCCUCAAACUAUGCCGCCAGUCGAAAUGCCUUUGGUUCAAUUUAUGGCAGCUGGGGGUCUGGCAGGAGUAGCUUCUAGAACACUUACAGCUCCUCUGGAAAAAAUUAAGAUAAUUGCACAGACAUCUUCGGGAAAAUCAAGCAUUUCAAAGAGGUUUUCAGCUAUUUUGCAAGAACAAGGCGUUCGCGGUUUGUUCAGUGGUAAUCUGACCAAUUGCCUGCGUAUUUUCCCUACGUCUGCUAUUGUGUGUAUUGUGUAUUCGAGAAUGAUUAAGUAUACUCCAGUAGAUGACAAAAAGAAUCCCCACCAACCGCUGUGGCGGUUUGUGUCGGGAGCUACAGCCGGUGUUGUGGCUACAAGUUUAACUCAUCCGCUUGAUGUAGUAAGAGCUCGUUUGACAGUACAAGAUAUUUCAAUGAAAAGUACCUCCAAUUACACUGGUAUUUUAAGCGCAUUGAAAAGAAUUCACGUCGAAGAAGGAAUAAGAGGACUUUAUAAAGGUUUAGUUCCAUCACUGGUUUCAAUAGCUCCUUUUCUCGGUGUCCAACAAAGUGUAUACGAUAUUGUGAAGUUGAGGGCGUUGGACAGUGCACUGGCGGCCAAUUCUGCAACUUUUUUGAUGUGUGGGGCGUUUGCAGGAAUGAUUGCACAGACCCUCGUUCAUCCUUUAGAUGUUGUUAGACGUCAAAUGCAGGUGGAUCGAGGAGUCAGCAUCACAAAAACAUCCUUGUCUGCUAUGAAAUGGUUAUUKGAGCAAGGGGGAGUUAGGAGGAUGUACGCAGGGCUAACCGCAUCGUACUUGAAAGUCAUUCCCGCAGCAGCUACUAGUCUCUUGGUUCGGGAUGCUUUACUGGGAAGGCUGAAAGACUAGCGUCACUCCGCUACAUAUACCAUAUCAAGUUGGUAGUUAUGGCCAGUUGGUUGUACAAUUGAUGAAUAGCGCUUUCAAAACUUGGCAGACACCACAUCGUUCAUUAUCACCCCAUGCAUGAUUAGCGCUAAUUGAGCUUUGAAUAACUCGCCUCUUGAUUUUUUUUUUCUUACUUAUAAAUUAGAAGUUAACAAUGACAUUGUGCAGAUAUAGGAACAACAACUUUCUACCAGUUUUGUUUUUGGAGAGCGCGAGCAGCCAACUGUUUCCUUAUGUAGACAUAUAGGCAUCUGCAAAUGAGAUYGCGUGUUAUAUCCCAUAAUAGUGAUCAGACUUUGUUGGUAUUCUAGUACCGCUUCAAUUUUAUUACUUAUAGACUAGAGAGAUUUACAGAAAUGAGGGAAUAGUCUAAUCUCUCGCGUUUUUAUUGCCACCUCAGUCACCUGGCAUGUGGCACUGUUGCUCAAAGCUCKAUUAGUAGCUAGCACUAAUCCUGCGGGUUAACUCUUGUUAAACUUGUCAUUGAGUUUAGGUAACGCUAUUAAAUCGGGCUUAGUAACAACCCAGCUCUUGAAAGUCAGAUUAUCUUAACUUAAAGGGUAAAAUGCAGAUAAAAGAGUUGUAUUGUCGCUUUAAAAACUAGCGAAGAUUCACUCACUGAGAUAGCUCAGAUUUACUGUAUCUUUUUCUAUAUAUCUAUUUUUAAUUCGCGUUACCAURCGGGCAUAAGAUGUUUUACUUGUGCAAGUUCAGAUCCAGCAUUGGGCUUUCUGUGUUGUAUGAAAACCACUGCAUAUGAAUCAAAUAUAAAAACACAUUCAAGAGCAGCUAAAACAGUCUUGACUUUCUUUUC